CCAGGCCUCUCAGCUGCUUCUCAGAAUGUAAGCAAUUUUGGUUUCUCCACCACAAGUGAAUGAGAGGCAAAGAACUGCUUCUUCCUCUUAGUUUCCGGGGCCCGCCCUGGAAUCAGCCCUGAGCAGGUCAGAAGACCAAGCUCUUUCUGCCUGGCUGGGCCAAGGGCAGCAGCUGCACAGCAGCAGAGCCAACUCUCCGUGAGGCGGCCGCUGCCCUUGCCCGCCUGUCAUGUCCUGGCAGUUCCCUGCCGUCGCGGUGCUCUUCGUGUCCCUAGCCGUAAUUUUCCGCUAUGGCAGCCAAAUAGAAGAAGCCUUUCCAGAAGCCAGUGACCAUCUUCAGCCCACUACAGCAGCAACCAUACAGGCCAGACCUUCUUUCCCACAACCGACUAGCCAAAUGCCUCACAAAGCUCUAACAGCAAGGUCCACAGAUGGGCACGCCACCUAUCAAAUAGCUGCCACGACUUCCAAGUCUGAGAACCCAACAACCCACGCAAUGAUAAAAACUCCAGCAACAACUACUUCGGUCACUACAGAAAGCAUCCCAUCCACCAGUCCAGUAACCCACGCCCUCAUCACAACCCAGGCCACACCCAACAUCUCACAAUCGGCUCAUCAGGUUACUGAAGCUACGAUCGGCUCCAGUGCAGCACCUGGUUCACAGUCAGCCGCACUCAACCCACCAGCCCAUACAACCAUGACCCACCCAUCAACUGUCAGCCCCACAGCUGAGGAAACCACCCAACCCAGUAACCAGACUUCCCUGCCAGCAACAUUGCCCACGACACCAUGCAACAGCACGACCAGCCAGAUGCCCACACAACCCAUCCACACCCCAGGGACAACCACAGCCACACACAAUGCCACCCAAACAGCACCCCCGGUCCCCCCAGCUCCUGGGCCCACCCUCGCACCACAGCCGUUGCCAACCAAGAUUGGAAUUUAUCAAGUUCUGAACGGAAGCAGACUCUGUAUAAAAGCAGAGCUGGGGAUAGAGCUGAUUGUUCAGGACGAGGAGUCGGUUUUUUCACCACAGAGAUACUUCAACAUCAACCCCAACGUGACCCAAGCCUCUGGGAACUGUGGCCCCCGAAAAUCCAACCUCCUCUUGAAUUUCCAAGGUGGCUUUGUGAAUUUCACAUUUACCAAGGAUGAAAACUCAUAUUGUAUCAGUGAAGUGGGAGCCUUUCUGACUGACUCACAUCCAGAGAGAAUCUACCAAGGAAUGAAAAGCGCCAUGGUCUUGUUUGAGACGACGGCUGGGCAUUCCUUCAAGUGUGUGAGUGAACAGAGCAUCAGGCUGUCAACCCACCUUCAACUGAAAACAACGAAUGUUCAACUUCAAGCCUUUGAUUUUGAAGGAGACAACUUUGGAAAUGUGGAUGAAUGCUUCAGUGACAGAAGUAGAAGAGAAAUCCCUGUGGCCAUGGGCCUGAGUGUCACAGGACUGCUUCUGGUUUUGCUAACAGCCUGCCUGGUGGCCAGCAAGAGGCCCAGUAGAGGAUGUGAAUACACAUAAAGCCACCUUCCCCUAAAUGAGCAAGGCGAAGGCCUCUGGAAUUCUGGCUUUUCAUAUUCAGCCUGAAGUGAAGGGAUUGACUUCUCUAGUUGCCUGUCCCAAUCUGAUUAGGAAACCUAGCUUUCCACCAAAGUGCCAUCAGAAAGCUAGUAAAGGGUGACCCCCACCUCUGCUUCCUCCUAUUGGCUUGGAUAGGCCAUGCCCAACGGGCUUAAAUCCCAUCUUCCGCACCUGCGUAAAGCAGGGCUGGUUGAGAGAAUUAGGGGGCAAGAGACAGGGACAGAUUAUUCACUAAGCCAGGCACGUGCCCAUGGGCUUACUUGUGCUUGCUUACUCAUCUGUAGUGCACACUUUCACCUGUUUUUCACCACAUCAAAGAUUUCUAUCAAAGAUGUGGUGAAGCCCAUGUGAAAUCAUCCGCUACAGAUUAGCAAGUAAACACAAAUAAGUCCAUGCGUACCUUGCUUACUGGUGACUCCGCCUCUGAGGGAGAUGAUCAAGCUGCUUGUAAGGAGAAAGGUAAAUGCCCAAAGGAAGAACUGUGGACAAGACAUUCUGUCUGAAACUUCAUUGAUUCUUCCUGUGCCUUUUAAACGAGUCUCAAUAUCCAUGAUUUAAAAAAAAUAAAUACUAUGUUAAGAAAACGCUUUUCCAAAUAGAUUCUGAAGUGAUUUUAAACUCCCGAAUUUUGCUCAAGUUCUGAUUGACUUAAAUCACAGUUAGUCAUUCUAAAAAAAUUUUUAGCGAGGUAUUCUACACUAUCGUUGUGUAUUAUUAGUUGAAAAUUAGAAAAUAUUGCCAACAGCUAAUUUUUUUGUGUAAAGCACAUAGCAAAGAACCUAGCAAACAAAUGAUGCUCAAUGUUUGUCCUCCAAUUGCUUCACCUUCACUUGUUCUCUACCUUCUUAACACCUUUUCUCUGAUUUGUCUCUGUUUUCCUCUAAUUUCACUCUAUCCUUAUAAAUGUAUUAAAUUUAUGGUUUUUAUUUGGCACCCUUGGGAAGAGGCAAAGUAUUAAAACGAUCAGAAAUGGUACACUAGAAGAGGUAGACCUACCCAUUGUGAGCUCUUUUCUUUCUUUUGCAAAUAUUCCCCCCCCCAAAAAAAAAAAAACAGGAAAUUACCAAGCGCAAAUGAUUGCUAUGUGGAGGAAAAAAAUUCUAUCAAAAUGGGGCCUAGACAGUUAUUCAUGGCUUUCUAUCAUUUUGGCUGUUUAAGUAUGAUAAUUAGGGGUUUUAUUUCAGAGAAAAGAGCAUGAUGGACUUCUGGGUGUUUUAACUGCUAUUACUGGCAGGAAGUUUUCUUGUUUUUCUACAUUUUCCAGAGCUGCCAUUCAUUAUGUUUAACGGGAAGUUCACGAAGGUUGGCAACAGUCCUGUAACCACUGCUCACCUAGGAAAUUUACUGGCCUUCCCUUGGGGUGUUUUUAGUUCUUUCCACUUUCUUGGAAGUGAGGCGGGCCGGGGACACACAGCAGUUUCACCAGAGCUUCAAGUGUCCCUGAGCCCUUUAGAGUGUCAGGAAAUUCUGGUUUCUCCUUAAAACAGGAGGGUGCUUGUGAAGUCCUGGAUGUAGGGACCCGGUGUACCGUCUAGUGACUCAGAUGUAACAGGGAGGCAGGGCUUUGGAGAGGUCAGGUCCCACUGCAUCUCUGCCCUCAAACAGGCACUAAGAGUCCACCAGUCCAGACUCCCGCGCUUGUACUUCUGCCUUAAGUGCACUUGAAAAGCGGAACAGGGCAGAGCCUGAGAGGUCCUGGAGAACCACUAAGGUUAUCUUCAAGUAUGUGGAAAUCCCUCCUACAGCAGAGAGAUGUAAGAAGUGGAAUUUAAAAUCUGGAGAAGAGGAAUAAGGCCAUAACCAGGAAGCAGUCAACUCCGACUUGUGAUGACCCCGCGUGUCAGAGUAGAACUGUGCUCCACAGGAUUUCCAGUGGCUGAUUUUUCAGAAAUAGAUUGCUAGGCCUUUGAGGUGCCUCUGGGUAGGCUCCAACCACCAACCUCUUGGUUAGCAGUUGAACACGUUUGUGUCCCCCCGACACCCCUCCUCAGAGGGAUAAAGCAGUUCACUUCAAUUUUCCUUUCUGCCAUGUUCAACAAGUACUUUUGAGUGAUGACUACUGCUUAAACCUGUUAAAAACUUGUUGCCAUUGAGUUGAUCCUGACUUAUGAGCAGCUCUAUAGGAGAGUAGAACUGCCCCAUAGGGCUUCCAAGGCUGUCAUCUUUACAGAAGCAGACUGCCACAUCUUUCUCCCACAGAGCGGCUGGUGGUUUCAAACUGCCGAUCUUUCAUUCAGCAGCCGAGUGCUUAGCCACUGGGCCACCAGGGCUCCUCUUUACUAGUCUUAGACAAACAAAAUCUCUACCAUUCAGCUUAUGAAGAAAUGAUAUGCUUAGUGCUGGCUAACUAAUACCAAACCCACUGCCCUCCAGACCAUUCCAACUCAUAGCAACCCCGUAGGACUGAGUAGAACCACCCUACAGGGCCUUCCCAGGCUAUAAAUCUUUACCACACCUUUCUCCUGAGGAGCGGCUAGUGAGUUCGAACCAAUGACCUUUUGGUUAGCAGCCGAGUGCUUUAACCACUGUGCUGCUCCCAUUAUCCUCCCCAUGCCAAUUAUCUUUAGAAUUAAUCUGAAUUGACAUUCUAGUAACCACUAACAGCAAAGCCUUCAUUCUAAACUGACCAGUAAAUAAAUACCCAGAUGUGUUAUUUUUGCUGAGUUCUCUCUCCUUUCCGGGGUGACUGGCAGGAAGCCCCACUUGAAGUCCUAGAUGGGAAAGUGCCUCCUGGGUUUCUUCCUGUGUUGCCUCCAAGCCUAUCCCCUCUGGUGGCCCUUCUAGGGCCCCCAGGGGUAUUGUGGGGUGUGGGAAGAGAGCCUCUGGCUCUGAUGCUUGCUUGCUGCAGCCCAGUCAGGGCAGUGGGCGUCUGUGAAUGACUCUCAGAGGUACCACAGGGGCUUUUCUGAUCCUCUUGGCCUAACUUGCCCCUUGCCAUUAGCCCUUCUACUGCUUUCCCACCCGGGUGGUUUCAACUCAGUUUUUCCCUUCUCCUGAGGGUAGAAUAAACGGCCUGUACUUAUCCAUCUCAGCAACUCCUUUACUAGAAUCCCUUAGGAAUAAGACACCUGCUGCCCACCAGUAGACUUGGACUCAUGGUGACCCCGUGUGUGUCAGAGUAGAACUAUACUCCAUAGGGCUUUCAAUGGCCGAUUUUUCAGAAGCAGAUUGCCAGGCCUUUCUUCUAGGGUGCCUUUGGGUGGACUUAAACCACCAGCCUUUCAGUUAGCAGUCGAGCGUGUUAAAUAUGUGCACCACCCAGGGACUCCAGAAAUAAUAGAAACCUUCACUAAUUCCCCCCUGUAGAUAAACAUCACUAAUUUUGAUGCAUUUCCCUCCAGUGAAUAUUAUUUUACGUCAUAACCGCAGGCAUGCUGAGUACACAAUUUCCAUCCUUUUUACAUGUACCUCAUAAGCAGUUUCCCAAGCACUAAAGGCUCAAAGUAUCAUUUUUAUGGCUGCCUUAAUAUGCUACAUCAUUAUCAUAAUUUACUGAACUAUUCUAUAAUUAUUGAGAAUUUUUAUUUUUAUCAGGUUUUACAGUUAUAAAUAAUGUUGUGAUUAAUGAACGUGCAUAAAUAUGUACCUGAUUUUUGUUCUUUCUCCCAUAGGAUGAAGUGUUCAAAAUGGUUAUAAUUUAUACUUCGAUACCAAUUCUUACUUUUUAAGUAAAAAAUUUAAACAAAGUAAUAAUGCAUAUGGUAAAAAAAAAGUAAGCACUACGGAAAUAUAUGAAAUGAAAAGUAGGGAUUUGAAUAACAACUAGAAUCUUUUUCACAGAAUUUCCCUUCCUCAGUAUCUAACAGAUUGAUUUUUAAAAGCUAAAAAAAAAAAAAAAAAAAAACACCCAGUAGUAGUCAAAGAAAGAGAUACCACCUAAUGCAAUAAGCUCUGCAAAACUGGUGAACAAGAAAAGAAACAGGAGACACUCAGGAAGCAUGGAGAGCAGCAGUGGAGCUGGGCUUCUAACCCUGCUUCUCCCCAUGCCCCUGCCCCAAAAGUCCAUAUGAUGAUAGAGAAAAAAAACCCUAUAAACUCUUACAACCAUUCACAGAGCAGCUGGGUGGGUUGAAACCGCCAAUCCUUCGGUAAGCAGGUGAGCUUGUGCUGUGCAGGGACCUGAGAUAAUCAGUUAAUGAUAAAACAUUAAGAUUAAAGCAUUAUAGGGAAGCUACUAGGCAUAGAGGAAACCCUGGUGGCAUAGUGGCGUACGGCUGCUAACCAAAGGGUAGGCAGUUUCAAUCCUCCAGGCCCUCCUUGGAAACUUUAUGGUGCAGUUCUACUCUGUCCUACAGGGUUGCUAUGAGUUGGAAUCGACUCGACGGCACUGGGUUUGGUUUGGUUUUGGUUUACUAGGUAUAGAAGAUUUUUUUUUAAUGAUAUUUGAUUGUGUUUUCGGUGACGGUUUACACAUCAAAUUAGGUUCCCAUCUGACAAUUUCUACACAAAUUGUUCAGUGCCAUAUUACAUUUUUCAGUGUGCCAACAUUCUCUUUAAUUACGUUCUGUUUGUUCUGUUUCCAGUACUCUAGUUUCCCUACCUCCUUAUCUUCUCAUCUUUGCCUUAGAGUCAUUGUUGACCUUUUCAUCUCAUAUAGAUGGUUUCUUUAAUGGAGCACUGUACUCGCGGACAGUAGCCCUUAUAUUGUGAACCAGUCUGUUAUUUUGCUAAAAGGUGACCUCAGGGGAUAGUUUCAGUUCAAGGUUUAAAGAGUGUAUCAGGGUGAUAGUCUCAGGGAGUCAUUUAGUCUCAACUGGUCCCGUAAAGUGUGGACUUUUUAAGCAUUUGAGUUCUGUUCUGAGUUUUUCUUCCAUUCUAUCAGUGUCCAUCGGUCGUGGCCCUGAUCAGAAGGGGCAGUAGUUGUAGCUGGGCACCAUCUGGAUCUGACAUGGAAGAUAUUUAGACCAUCCAAUAUAAAUAUAAGUGGUUCUUCUGGAGUAGCACGUUCAAAAAUAAAAUGAGGACGUAUCUGAAUAUUUAAGAGAUUCCCUUGAGAUAAAAAAUUGACGUUGCAGAUUGAAGGAGCACUUUGUGUCCCAGAAAGAAUUGGUACGAAAAACUUAGCGCUGGGACAUCUCAGAAGUAAGCUAUAGAACUUCAAAGAUAAAGAAUUCUUUAGGCGUCCAGGUAAAAAAAAAAAAAAAAACUUUAAAGGGGGAAUGUUAAAGUUGGCCUCGGAUUUCUUUACAAGAACAUUUAAAGCCAGCAAACCAUGCACCGAUGUCUAAAAAGUCCCAAGAGAAAGAAAGUGUGACCACAAAAUAUUAAGUACGGGACAAUAGCCAGAUAUCCUCAAACAUGAAAUAAUUCAACAGGUGCAACCAACGAGCCCUUCUUAAAGAUACUGCUUAACAAUGAAAUUUGGUCAGAUAAGAGACGAGCCACAACAUUAACAAGGAAGUAAGCAAACAACCCUCCCGAAUAAAGAUGUCAAAAUUAAAAAAAAAAAAAAAAGACUGAUAAGGUGAGCAUUUUAUCCAUUUAAAUAUAAAGAGUACUAAACAAUUAUGGGUCUGUGAAUUUAUCAAACAGAUAUACCAUCUCAUAUAUGAAAUGAUAUUUGUACAUAGUUAUUCAUUGUGGCAUUGUUUGUGAUAGUAAAAGAUUAGAAACAAACCAAGGGUCCAUCAAUCAGGGAUAGAUUUAAAAACUAUGGUACACCCACAAAAGAAUACUAUACACUAUAAAAAAGGAAUGUGGAUGCUAUGUAUGUGUGUAUAGUGGAAGAUCUCUAAAAUACAUUGUUAAAUAAAAAAAGCAUAGAACAUAAUAGUAAUAAAAGGGAGAAUAAAAGUAUAUAUUCAUUUUUCUUUGUAUCUGCAGAAAGAAACCUUGGAAAUGCAUAUUAGAAACUAAGCAAAGUAAUUAUCUCACGGGGUCAGGGGGACUAAGAAGAUGGAACAAGGGUGGAAGAGAAACUCUCAAUGUGUAUUAUUUUUAUCUCAAAUCAUGCAAAUAUGUUAUAUAUUCAAAACACAUUUUUAAACACUCUACGAAUGGUAGUUAUCAAACAAAAUUGAAAUGUUAUAAACCUGGACAAUAUUAAAAAACAGUUAUAUAACUAUUAAAAUCUGGAGUUGGGGAAGGGGAGAAGGAAGGGGAUCUGUCAGUGCUAAUUUUCUAAAACAGUAUCAAUAGACAAGGUCUAAACUGGAAACACACAGUUUAGACAAUGCAUAGUGCUUCCAAUGUAUUGCAUAACAUCUUAAGGCAUUUCAUAAUCUUUUAAUCUCUGCUUCACUUCUUUUUUGAACCUUAGAGAGUACCUUUACGAAACAAUAUUUCCCGUUGCAGAGAAAUAUUUAUUUGAAGUACAAUUCCUCCAGUUUUGUUUUUGUUUUUUUCUUCCAUUAAAUUUGAGUACAAUUAAAAUCAGCAUUUUAAUAAAAUAACAUGUAUAAUCCUAUUUUAAUAAAAGCAUUUCUAUUUCUUUUUCCAUCCAUGUAUCCUUAUAGUUGUAAAGAAAGAUACCUAAAAUAAUGCUUGUCCAUGUUAGCAACGGUAAUUUCUGGAUGGAUGUUCUUUAAGGCAAUUGAUUUUUACUUUUCUGUUUGUGCUUUUCUGAAUUGUUUUAAUGAUUUGUAGUAAGCAUAUAUCUUUUUUUUUUAAAAAAAUAGAGUGAUUUUUCUUUAAGCUUGUGUGUGAAUAUGUACACUCACACACACACACAGAGGAAGCAAAUGUCUCAAAAGAUUUAUUAUGGUGAUUAACUGGAGUGGUCGAAAUGUAGCAAUUGGAGAGUUCUUUUUUGUGUGCGUUUUUCUGCAUUUUAAGAACGUUUAAACAAUGUUGGAUUAAAUAGCAUAAAACUCUACAGAAAGGGAAAGUUGCCCUCCAUUCCUAUCCCCAGUCCUUCCCCAGCUUCUUGGGUAUCUUCACACAAGACUUCUGUUUGAGCGCCUGUGAUGGCCUGUGGUUCACCCUUCACUUCCAAGGUCUUAGGGAACUUCCACCUCAGCAUACUGAGAUCCACCAUUCUUUUAACUGGCUACUUAGAUUUUUUGUAUGAGUGUGCCAUUUUAAAUUCCCCCAAAAGAUAAGAGCCUUGAAAACCCUAUGAAGCAGUUCUACUCUAACACAUGGGGUCGCAACUGUGGGUUGGCAACUAACAGCAACACCUGAAGAAGGUUAUCUUAUUUAAUCCUCCAACUAGCCUAUCUAUUAUUGGCUUACCUGAUAAAUGAAGAAAUUGCAAGGUUAAGUAAGCUGCCCAACAUCACACAGCUAGUUCGCAGUGGAAUUAAAACUUAAGCCCAGAUUUGUUUGACUCCCAGUGGUGGCCUUCCCACGUGGGUCUGCUUCCUGGUCUGUGAGCACCACGCCUUACCCACGGUUA